AUGGCGAUGAGUCGGAUUCGGGGCGCUUUCGCGGUGCCCAGAAAAGGAGAGACGUUUGAAUUGCGAGCUGGUCUUGUAUCUCAGUAUGCUUAUGAACGGAAGGAGGCCAUUCAGAAGACCAUCAUGGCGAUGACACUGGGGAAGGAUGUUUCCGCUCUGUUUCCCGACGUCCUCAAGAACAUUGCGACCAGUGAUCUCGAACAGAAGAAACUUGUUUAUUUAUAUCUCAUGAACUACGCCAAGUCUCAUCCGGACCUAUGCAUUCUCGCCGUCAAUACGUUCGUACAAGACUCCGAAGACCCCAAUCCUUUGAUUCGAGCAUUGGCUAUCAGAACAAUGGGAUGUAUUCGAGUGGACAAGAUGGUGGAUUACAUGGAGGAACCACUUCGCAAGACUCUCCGGGACGAGUCGCCCUAUGUCCGAAAGACGGCUGCAAUUUGCGUGGCGAAGCUCUUUGAUCUGAAUCCUUCCCUGUGCCUGGAAAACGGCUUCCUCGAGAUGCUCCAAGAAAUGAUCGGUGAUCCGAAUCCCAUGGUCGUCGCGAACUGCGUAACAGCCCUUUCUGAGAUCCAACAUGCGGCCCCCGAAACUCGAGCGUUGCAGGUGGCAUCUAAUACGCUGCGCAAAUUGCUCAUGGCUUUGAACGAAUGCACGGAGUGGGGUCGGGUUACUAUCUUGACAACUCUGGCGGAGUACAAGACGAGCGAUGUUACGGAGUCAGAGCACAUAUGUGAACGGGUUGCGCCUCAAUUCCAGCAUGCAAACCCAAGUGUGGUCCUAGCGGCUGUUAAAGUCGUUUUUCUCCAUAUGAAGAACGUCAAACAGGAUCUUUCGGCCAACUACUUGAAGAAAAUGGCGCCCCCUCUUGUGACUCUGGUGUCUUCCGCCCCGGAAGUACAAUAUGUUGCCCUGCGGAAUAUCGAUUUGCUCCUACAAAAGCAACCCGACAUCCUUAACAAAGAAUUGCGGGUCUUUUUCUGCAAGUACAAUGACCCCCCCUAUGUCAAGUUUCAAAAACUCGAGAUUAUGGUUCGGAUAGCCAACGACCGCAAUGUCGAUCAGUUUCUGGCUGAACUAAAGGAGUACGCAUUAGAAGUCGACAUGGACUUCGUGCGGCGUGCAGUUCGAGCGAUUGGGCAAGUUGCCAUCAAGAUUGAGAGUGCCUGCGAGAAGUGUGUCAACACAUUAUUGGAUCUUAUCAACACCAAGGUGAACUACGUUGUACAGGAAGCUAUUGUCGUCAUCAAAGACAUCUUCCGGAAAUACCCCGGAUACGAAGGCAUCAUUCCUACUCUUUGCCAGUGCAUUGAUGAACUAGAUGAGCCUAACGCUCGUGCUGCACUCAUUUGGAUUGUAGGUGAGUAUGCAGAGAAGAUCAGCAAUGCUGGUGACAUCCUGGCAGGGUUUGUGGAAGGGUUCAACGAGGAGUUCUCCCAGACCCAACUCCAGAUCCUUACAGCGGUCGUCAAGCUGUUCCUCAAACGUCCCGAAAAGGCGCAGGGACUUGUUCAGAAAGUGCUCCAGGCGGCAACAGCGGAGAAUGAUAACCCUGACGUUCGGGACCGAGCCUAUGUUUACUGGCGUCUGCUGUCCAACACGAGUGACCCCAAUGCCACCAAAAACAUCGUUCUCUCCCAAAAGCCUCCUAUUGUCACUACUAUUCAUUCUCUACCUCCCACUCUUCUUGAUCAACUCAUCAGUGAGCUUUCAACCCUGGCAUCUGUCUACCACAAGCCUCCAGAGCAAUUCGUCGGCCAGGGCAGAUUCGGCGCAGACGCCGUGCAACGGGCUGCUAUCGAGGAACAAAUUCAAAAUGCUCGCGAGAACCCAUUGGCUGCUGCAGCCGCCGCCGCGGCAGUUACAGGUGCUACGCCUCCACCACAAUCCCAGAAUAAUAUGGAAAACCUUCUGGAUAUCGAUUUUGACGGUGGGGCACCAGCUUCGGCCCAGAAGGAACCGCCCAGUGGAAUGUCUGGUCUUGAAGGUCUUGCUGGUACCCCUGUUCGGGUAGAAUCUCCUGCCGUUGGUGCACCGGCUCAGCCCAGCAACAACCUGGAUGACCUCCUAGGGGUGUUCGGCGACAGUGGCGGCGCCGCCGCAUCAGCCAACACCGCAGCCCCUAAUGGUAGUGGCAGUGGCGCCACUGCCGAUCUCAUGAAUGGAUUUGCCGGUCUUGAUCUUUCGGCCAACACCACAUCACCUUCCCCCGAGGCCAAUCAGCAAAGAAAGACGAACGAGGACAUCCUGUCACUGUUUUGA